CAAACGCCCUGAGUGACGCGGGGGCGCAGCCCGGCCGAGCCGCCGCCAUGUCCAUCUUCACCCCCACCAACCAGAUCCGCCUCACCAAUGUGGCCGUGGUGCGGGCACGGCGCGCCGGAAAGCGCUUCGAGAUCGCCUGUUACCGUAACAAAGUCAUGGGCUGGCGAAGCGGAGCGGAGAAGGAUAUUGACGAGGUCCUGCAGACCCACACAGUGUUUGUCAAUGUUUCUAAAGGCCAGGUGGCAAAGAAGGAAGACCUCGUCCGGGCAUUUGGAACGGAUGACCAAACAGAAAUCUGUAAAGUGAUUCUAUCAAAAGGGGAGUUGCAGGUAUCAGACAAAGAACGACAAACACAGCUGGAGCAGAUGUUUAGGGACAUUGCAACUAUUGUGGCUGACAAAUGUGUGAACCCUGAGACAAAGAGGCCAUACACUGUAAUCCUUAUAGAAAGAGCCAUGAAGGAUAUUCACUACUCGGUCAAACCAAACAAGAGCACUAAGCAACAGGCACUGGAAGUGAUCAGACAGUUAAAGGAGACCAUGCAAAUUGAACGUGCUCACAUGAGGUUACGAUUUAUUCUUCCGGUAAAGGAGGGGAAAAAACUGAAAGAGAAGCUCAAGCCACUGAUUAAAGUUAUUGAGAAUGAAGACUUUCAUGAUCAGUUAGAAAUUGUGUGCCUUAUUGACCCGGGCUGCUUCAGAGAGAUUGAUGAGCUGAUCCGGUCUGAGACCAAAGGGAAAGGAACGCUGGAAGUGCUCAGUCUGAAAGAUGUGGAGGAAGGAGAUGAAAAGCUUGAAUAACAAAAACCCUUCUGGAGCACUGCGACUACUUCAGCAAUGUCUAACAACUGGCAUUAGCCAUUCCUUUCUGUUUGGCCUUCUUGUUUUUUCUCCAACCUCUUAUUGCCCAAAUACCUUCUGACACACUAACUCUUUGGGAUUUUUCCAUGCAGUGUUUUUUUUUUAAUCAUUUUUCAUUGCUUGGUUUACAGGUGAUUUGCCUGUAGGAACAUUUUGUGUCAGAGUUGCACUAAUGAGAAUUGAGUUAAGACUUGAUAGGGAAUUUAGCUUUGGUGAAUGUUAAGGGUUGCUGAUGGAGAGUGUUUGACUGAUACGGUGCCAAUCACGUUUGCUUUGAGUUAUCAGUGAUGAGUGGAAGAUUGCAUAGGCCACCAGGGGGUGGGUGUUGUAUGUGAGGAGAGAAACCUUUGGGAAAGAGAGAUAAGUUUUCACUUUCAGGCAAGUGCAAAGUGUGGAUCGCGUCUGCUGAUCUCUUAGCAGGAUGAAAACUGAAGUAGACACCCAUAAUUGGCUGCUUAAUAAUUACAGUAAUUUAAAGGACCAUUCUUGUAUAUUUCCUUCACUGGGUAUAACAGAACUUGCUAACUUAGAAAAAAAGUUCUCCAAAUAAUUUAUUCAUAAAAUAUAUUUAGCUACAUUGGUAAGAAAAAAAAUAAUUAUUAUCAUCUAUUUAUGUAUUACAGAUACAGAAAGAAAUAACUAUUUUUGUUAUAGCAUAGGAGCUAUCCCUGGCUGCAGUGGUGCAUUUGGAGGCUGAAGGCAUAGGCUGCAUUUCUGAGCUGUUGUUAUUCAUGGGAUGAAAUGAAGCGGAUCUCUCCCAGGCAGUGGCCUCUGGCCAUUGUGCUAGACAGGCUUUUGUUGGGCCCUCAUUCCCUCGUGGUAGCUGUCCUUUAUCCUGUGGCUUUUUAUGCUUCUUUCUAGCACAGCAUUUCCAGCCAGCUCCCGAGGCACAGCGUUCUGCAUAGUUUUGUGAAGGCUUGUUUCAGCUGUGCGAAACAAAUGCUUUCAAGUUUAAAUUGGGAAUCUCAAACAAGAGGGGAAAAGAGGACAGAAGCUGGAAAGAUACUAAAAAUACAAUAAAAAUACCUGGUAUACACCCCUGGGUGUCUGAAGGCUGAGCCAGCAGGAGUUUAAGGGGAGCCUUUGGUAUUCAUGAGCCUGUUUCCAUGCUGAUAAUACACAGUGAAUUGGGAUUUGCAAGCUGGCCAACCACUAGAUCUCUGCUUCAGAUGAAUAUGUGUUAUAUUCAUUCCUCGCUGCGUAAUUUUAGAGUAAAUUACCUUUUAUAUGACAAUUAAACAGAGCUCUGGUUUGUACUCUUCACAUGACCUUUUCCUUUGUACCAGUAACAGAUGUUGUGAGUUUUCUAGAGUUGAUGUGGGGAGAGUUGAAGUCAACCAGAGAAAGAUUUGAAAUGUCACAUGCAGAGGAACCUAGAUCCUCAGUCAGGGGCUUCAUUUUGAAAUUGCAGCCUGUUAACGUGAGCUUGUGCAAGGUUGGAUUUAAUUUCUCUAGCAGUGUUUUGGGAGGACUUGCCACUGUGGAGCCUGCAUUUUGCUGAAGGGUAGUGAGAUGGAGACUCUUGAACCAUUUAAUCAGUUUUAAAAUGCUUUCUCUUGCCCCCAGGAUAAUCUGCUGUCCUGUUUAAAUGCUGCCUAGGAAAGUUUAGGGGUAUAAUUAGUGUGUUUGUGAGGUGGACAAAGUUUAAACAUGGAGAUCUGGACGUGGCAGGCAACCUUCCUCGUGUACAAGCCCUUAACUGCUUGUCUUUCAAAUGGCCAUCUCCUCAUGCAUUCUUUAUGAAAAGGAUGGUAAUGCUGGUAUUUAACCUGUCACUGGCACUUAGAAUUAAGAUGUAAUCCAUAAAUCUGCAGAGGAGACGCUGAGCAAGAACCUCAUACAGCAUUGUGUUGGUUUAUUUGAUUUCACAAUUCUGUAAUUUCUUUGGGUUUUAUGCACUUAGAGCGCAACAGGAUGGCUGCAGGUUAAGGACCUUGAGUUACAGAAAUGUAAUCUAAGCUGAUUUAUGAGCUUGGUGCUAGGAAGUCAAUUUCCAUAUAGUCUUUUUCUACAAAUCAAAUGUUAAGGAUUUUCUCUGGUAGAGGGAGCUUGAUUUUAUUUAUAAACAUGCUUGCAUUUCUUGUCAUGUUUGUA